AUGUCUCUAAGGCGUUCGGGCACCCGAAAGGGCAUGGCUGCUCUGAGCAGCGGCCAGGAGGAGACUGAGGUUCUUCGCCAAGGAGUUGAGGUGAUUCAAACUGGCGAAAACAACGGCACCAACCCAGACAUUGAUAUCGUCUUCGUCCCUGGAUUAUCAGCACACCCAAAAAACAGCUGGAUGUCAAGCAAGGAUGGCUCGAAGUCAACCAAGAACAACUGGAACUGGAUGACAAGUCCAGACGGCAUACAAGGAGCUUUUCCAAAAGCACGGGUACUCUUGUACACGUAUGAAUCAGCAUGGCGAGGACAACGCAAGGUCCACCAGUUCAUGGACAACCUUGCCAAGACCCUUCUAGUGGCUUUGGGAAGUAGACGAGAAGACUGCAAGAAAAGACCAUUGGUGUUCAUUGGCCACAGCAUGGGAGGGUUGGUGAUUGCCAAAGCAAUAACUAUCUUGAGUGCGCAACCGGAGCUAUGUCCAAUCAUGUUCGAAGCAAUUUCCGCAGUAAUCUUCUUCGGGACACCAUUCGCAGGCGCUGAGGCCGCUGCAUGGGCAAACAUGUAUGCCUAUUGGGCAGAAAAGGUGAACAAAGCCACAUCAUCAGAGCUGUUGAGGGCUAUGACGCCUGGAGAUGGAGCAUUGCGAGAAUUGAAAGACGAGUUCAGACGAGUUGCCGCCAAGGGUCUAUAUAAGAUCGAGUUGUUAUGUUUCUACGAGGAAAAGCCAACGGAUUAUACGGAGAUGGGCCAUAUUCCCGGACUUUUUGGCCUCACGAACCGCGUGAUACCUAAGGAUGUCUCGAUGUGCGUUAGCCAGGCCUCCGCAACGUUUGACGCCGACGUGCCCAAGUAUGGCCUAGCAAGCAACCACAGAGACUUGGUGAAGUUCGACAGCGCCAAAGACACACGAUGGAACUUCGUGGAAAAUCUGCUGAAGAAGGUGAUACAUGGAGCCUACCAGAAAGCGAAAAGUCGACUUAGUGCCGCCCGAGAUAUAGACUGGGAUUCUUUCAAGAAUGUUAUGGAUGCGCUAGAUAUGGCACGAGUCCAUCCCCGUCGGCUCAGAGAGAUGCUGCUCAGGAAUCCCGGCAAAUCAGCACUAAUUUCUCAAGAGCAAGACUAUAUCAAAUGGCUCAGCAAUACAGCACCCAAAGAGAAUCCCAGAGAAGAUACGAAAGUAGAUGGCCUCUGGGUUCGGGGCCCAGAGGGUAGGGGCAAGACGGGUGCUAUGCUUGCAGUUUUGGAUGACGUGGAGAGCCUCGUCAGAUUCGUUGAGCAAAGGAAUGGUGAACCAAUUCUCUUCGCCUAUUUUCUAUGCGACGCAACCACAGACUACUGUACUGCUGAGGAUUGUCUCAAAUCUAUCAUUUGGCAGCUCAUUGAGCAGGAGAAAGCUUUGACGACUCACGCAAAAGACUUCGUCAAGGAUACUAAAGCUAAAAACAAGUCGCGGGCGACUCCGACCGUGGAGAACCUGUGGAAGUCACUGCAAGGUAUACUUGCCGAUGAGUUUGCCGGUAGCCGUAUUUAUAUUGUUUUGAACAAUAUACAUCUCCUUCCUGAGGAUUCAGAAUCUACUAUCAAGCUACUCAAUCUUCUAAGCCUCGAGCUUGAUGGCAGUCAACACACCGAGCCCAGCCGAGUCAUGGCAAAAUGGUUCAUCACAAGCCGUCCAACCUACACCAUUCAAAAAGCAUUGAGUUUGGAGCAUCUCCAGGUGAUCAAUCUAGAAGAUGCCAAAUUCAGCAACCAAUUUCAACAUUCACUGCGAAAUCAUGCAAAAAGCAAGGUAGGAAAAUUGGAGGCCGACAAGAAGUACAACAAGCCGCUGGCAUGGUUUGCUCGAAGUUUGAUAGGGGAACGGGCACAGAAUACCUCCUGGAUAGACAUCACAUGUCUUCAGCUCGAAGAGUUGCCUGAGGCUGAGAGCGACUUAAAAGUCAGGAGGAUGCUGGAGGCUAUGCCACAAGACCUCAACGCUUUACUCAGGGAUGCAUGGCUUCAGAUCUUCAGGACAGCAGGAGAUCACAGGGAGAACGUGAGAGAGAUGCUUCGAGCUCUCAUACUGACUGUCGAAGAACCUACAGAAGCUGAAUUUGCUGUGCUCUGCGGACAGGCGGCAACUGUCCAGGACAAACAAGAGCUAAGAGAAUCUAUCGAGAAGUGCAAGCCACUGGUCUCGGUCAAACGAACUGUCUCUUUCAUGAACAACGCGGUAAAGCAGCACCUGAUAGACAACGCCAAAGACUUACUGGAAUUUUCAAGUCAGGAGAUAGCAAGACAGCACGGACUUCUCUCGUUGAGAUCUUUGUCAUACCUCAAAGAAGUAUUUGAUUUUCCAGAAACACAACUUCUUCCUUCGCCAAGGCCGGUUGAUGGAGAUGAUAUGCAAGUCGACACUGACAGUGUUGAUGAUAAUGAUGGUGGGAGUCAUGGUACCGCGUCGAGCGUACGGACAGACUCCGAGGCUGGCGAGUGGACUUUUGGUGACGAUGAAUUCUCCGACAGUAAUGACGGCUGGGAUGAAGAAUCGGUGCCUGAUCCUGACCCAGAAGCUAAAACAAUUGAAGAACUGAAAGUAUUUCCAUACAUGGUCAAGAAUUGGCUCCAACAUGGGAGUAGAGCGACAAUUGGCUUUGCCGAUGAUCUGAGCCUCGACGAUGCAUUUUGGAAAUCCGGUUCCCUUUUCAGACGCCGGUGGCUGGUAGAAUACAACCGAAUCACGAAAGAGUUUGAGUACGACGAUAUCAGAGGAAUGAACGCGUUACACAUAACCGCUGCAAUUGGCUUUCAACGACUGCUCAUAGCACUCUUGGAAAAUGGACACGAGAGCGAGCUAGAUGAGAAAGAUGGGACAGGUAGCACUCCGCUCUGCUUUGCUUGCUCAUUUGGCAGGGUGGAUAUGGUUGAAGAGUUGCUCGACAGGAAAGCAGACAUCAACACCGGCAAAGAAGAAGAGGAAGAUACACCCCUUCACUUAGCUGCGAACAAGGGACACGUCAAAGUCAUGAAGAAACUAAUACAAAGAGAUGCAAGUCUGGAUGCCUUCAGUGAGUACUCGGGACUUGUGGUCAACUCAGCGAUAUCUUCCGGCAAUUUCGAUGCUGUUGCACUUCUAGUGGAUCACGGUGUCUCACUGUCCAUUGAUCACGACAACGUGGAAACACCUCUCGAACAGGCUGCCUCGCUCUGUAAUGUUUCGAUGCUAGAAUACUUGAUGGAAAAGUAUGCGGAACAACUUCCCCCUGACGAAUAUAGCAAAGCACUGGUAACAGCUGCUGCGGCUGGGAGCCUUGAGAUAUUAAAUAAGCUACUACCUUUCGAGCAUAGCGAUAAUGACUAUCAAUCAGCACUGGAUGAGGCUGCCGAAGCAGGCAAUUGGGAAAUCGCAAAGGUUCUCCUCGAGAAACGAGCAAAUCUCACAUGCGACAAAGCCUUUUAUGAAGCUGCCACGAGAACCAAUGAUUUAGAGGUCCUCCAAGCACUUUGGGAAUAUACGAGAGGAAAUAUCUCAGCUGAAACCAUCGACCAAUCGCUUUACGAGGCAACGGACAGCAAGAAAUUCAAGACUGUUCAAUUAUUGUUGACAUUUGGCGCAGAUCCCAAUGCACAGGGCGACGUUUAUGGCAAUGCUCUCACGGCUUCAGCAUAUGAUAAUACUCUUGAUAUCUUGAAGCUUCUGCUGGAUAACGGCGCAAGCGUCAAUUCUGAGGCAGGAUGGGCCCUACAAACCGCUGCAACUGAGGGACAUGUUGAAAUCGUGAAGGAGCUGCUAUCAAGGAAUGCGGAUGUCAAUGCUCGUACAUCCAACCCAAACUUCCCGCAACGAACAGCCCUUCAGGGAGCUUGUGAAUUCGGCCGUGAGGAGAUUGUCGACGUCUUGCUCCUACAUGGCGCAGAUCCCAAUCUAGGUGGGGGUGAAGACGCCUAUCCGAUCAUUACAGCAGCAAGAAACAGCCAAGUCGCAAUCAUUGGGAAGCUCAUUGCUGCCCAUGCGAAUGUCAAUGUCGUGGCCGGCGACGACGGUUCCACUGCUUUGAUAAUUGUCGCGGAAACAAUCGCGAGUCUUGAACCUCUUCAGCAACUUCUUGCAGCCCAUGCAGACAUUGACGCCACGAAUAAUAAUGGCGACACAGCUCUUAUUGCGGCAGCAUCUGCCGAUGACGAUGAGUUUGUAAAUUUCCUCUUAGGCGAAGGCGCUGAUGUUAUGCACACAAACAAUGAUGGCAUAAACGCUAUGCAGGCGGCCUAUGAUGCAGACAGCACCGGAGACACGUUGAAUAUUCUCAUCAACUAUGUUUCUGUCAUGUUAUUAGAAAUCAACAAAGGAAUCAAAGCGGGUAACAGGCCUGUUGUCCAUUUUGUUGACGAAGCUAGGGCAGCAGCACGGAAAGCCGACAACACAAUCAAUCGGAAUGACGAAUCUGAAAUGGGGUCGGAGAGUGGAAGCGACGCAGGUGCUGCUUCUGCAAUAUCUGAUUCCGAAGCGAAUGAAUCAAAUGCUAUCCUGAAAGAAGGGGUUCCGCAAUAUCACCCGGAAGCUGGUUCAUCAGAGUAUGGCAGGGUGGCGCACGAGAGCAGUGGAGAGCUCAGUCGUGAUCAGUCGAGCCAUUAUACUCAAGAGCUCGGUUUCAACGAGGUACCUGUUGAAAGCGAAGCUGGCAUGGGCAGUCGGUUGCAUUAUAACAACCCGAUCUACUCCGUUGGAAAUAAUGCCGGCUCAAUCAGCCAAAUACCAUCAAGUGUUUGCCAGCAAGACUUGGCAAACAGCGACUCCUAUACUGUACCUAUCAAAGACUUCAGGCACCCGAACGCCAACGCCUUGACGCAGUCGGAUAUGCACAACAGUACGGAACAAGCGAUAAGUCAUGAGUCGACGCAGCAACAUCAAAUUCAACAACGUCAAGCAUACAUGAAUUACAACAGUCAUACUGGAACGAAUCACGAGAUUUACGGAGAAGGCAGUGAAGUUGGUCAAGGUCAUCUUGCGAUGCCCCAGACGAGCCACAGAACUCCCGUCAGAAGAAAGCCAGCUCCUAUCACAUACAGCUACUCGCAAGAUUCGGUUCAUUCUGGAUCCGGAACCAAUCAAGCAACACAUGCGCUCCAAUACCGAUCGAACGAGUUUGUUGCCUACAAUCCAAAUGGUAAUUCUUCGAGACUCGAGUCACCGUUACAGAACCUCCCAAAUCAGGGUCAUCUACAUAGUCAACAUCAUCCAGCGCAAAAUGAACAGCCAUUGAAUGUAAGCCUACGCACGGAGGCCCAUACUCCAAAGCAACCACACAACACUCAUUUUGAGGAUCAUCUCUACAGUGACGGCCUACACGGCAGUUUCGACCAAACGCCUCAGGGCGAUCAUAGGGUACACUACGACUCGGGGUACUCAACCCGCCUGCUCAAACGCAACAACAGCAGCAUCAAGGCCCUCCUGGCAACGACGUUUAUCAUGCUAUGCCUCCGCCACAAGAUUCGCGGUAUCCAGUGGGCUCUAGCAGCCAACCUUGGCACGACGCAAGGAUUCCUGAGCCCCAUCACUAUAGUGCACCACCGCAGACCAAACCCCGUGUAUCUAGCUCUUUUGACGUCAGAAACACCUUCAGUCAGGCGAAAGGCAGAUUGUUCAGCUCCAGUAAGGGCGACGAGAGGGGCCAUUGACUUUCGGGGGCACACUCCGGCAGAAGACGAGAUGAGGCUGUUCGGUAUAUUGUGUAAUACAAAUCUUGCGUGGACGUUUGGGACACGAAAGGCUACGAAGUUUCGGUCUGAGAAGGACACUAAGGGAUCCAAGUUGUUGUGCUUCCAUAGUACCAGAAUGAAAGCUUUGACGACAACACAGAGAGCAGUUGUGGGAACAUCGGUUGUCGGAGAAUACUUGCGCUCUGUCGACGCAACUACGCCAAGAUGUGGAAAGAGGGACGCGUCAUUUGAUCAACAGGCGCCUGGGCCUUUGUGCUUUUUUCUUAUCUUCCCUCUCCGGCUCUCUGCAAGUAUAAAUGACUUCCCUCUCAUUCUGCUCAGUGAUAUUAGAUGUCACCUACUCCUCGACUUACCAGCUGAACUGUUGGAUCUCAUGGUUGUGACAUGGGAUGCAGGGAUUCGCAUUCUGCAAACAAAGGACCUUGCAUAUCUUGCGCUGACAUGCCGGACCCUCUACAAAAUAGCAGACCCCGUUCUUUGGGCUUACAACAGAGAUUUCGAGGAUUUCAGCGCCUGUUAUUGGGCCGCGAUCAAGGAUAGAGUGGUGACUCUGGAAAAGGCUCUGUCCUUUGGGAUGCCGGUUGACCCUCGAACGCCAGGAUUGCGGGCUCCAGGAAAGGUCGGCUUGUCUGUGGAACACAUAGGAAUUGAGGGCUAUAGACCAAUACAGGUCGCUUGUACGCAUGGCAACUAUGCGGCAACAGAGUGGUUCUUAGACCAUGGUGCCAAGAUCGACUUUCCAAUCCACCAGGUCGACUACGCACAUGCAGUUCUGGAAGAAGACUCAGCGCUAUUUUGCGCUUUGCAAAGUCGCAAUGGCGAGGUGUCAGUAUUGCUGCUCCGCUGGGGAGCCAAUAUCUAUUUCGCGCCGGCUGAUCUAGACGGUCGUCCUCGGCCACCCAUCGUUUUCGGCCUCGAAGAAAACAGAACACGGACUGCUCUGCACCUUGCAGCUGAAAACGGCCAACCUGAAGUCAUAGAGUACGUACUAAAGGAGCGAUCGGUGGACCCGGAUAUACUGGAUACCAACGACCAUACGCCGCUGCAUUGUGCAGUCACAGCACAUAAUAGUACGGAAGUCAUCAGGUUGCUUGCGGCCGGGGGCGCUGAUCUGGAGUCUGAAACGGAUGGAUACACACCACUCAUGAAUGCCAUAAGAUAUGGCUUCUUCAAGAACGCAUUGGCACUACUAGAAGCCGGCGCCAACCCGCAUGGUCUUCCAGACCUUCCGCUGGGAAUCUCAUCCCCUCUACUAGCCACGUGUAACAAAAUGAGCACCUUCCCCUCAACAUCUGGUUGCACCGAGCCGGAGAAGGACGCAGUUACGGCAAGACUCAUUGAGUUGGGCGCCGAUGUUCACGAGUGGGACAAGCUGUACCGUACCCCUCUUCGUACUGCAGUGGGUUCCGGUACCGUAAAUGCAGUUGCCAUGCUCCUCAAGGCAGGCGCCGACAUCAACCAACCCCCACCUAGUGGUACAUCGCAGUGUCGAAUGACUACGGAUCUGCUUUGGGGUCUGAGGAGCGGUACAGAAAUCGUCGAGAAGGGAUUGAUGUUGCUGGAAGCCGGUGCGCGCAUGGACGAGGUAGAUCCUGUCCACGAGAAGAGUCUGCUCCAACGCGCUGUAGAACGCGCAACCUGUCGCACAGUCGAAGACUUCAGGCCGCUUCAUCACAGACUGCUCAACCAUCAUAUGCCUUUCUUGCACACAAUCGAUACCAGGGAUGCGAAACCCUUGAGCGCCUUCCUUGCUGCCGCCACGGAAGAGAACGUUCGCCCGGGCUAUAUCGACGAUUUAGUCAGAGAUUACAUCCAGAAGAAGAACCUUCCGGCAUUGAACGCUCUUUUUCAGUGCGGUGUAGGCUUUGAGGGAAAUGAAGAAUCGCUUCGCUUUUGGGCUGCAGAAACUGCUGGAUCUGGAGAAUGUCACGAUGAUUUUUCCAACUUGUCUGAUAAGGAGGGCCUCGAUGCUGGCACGCUCCUCGAUUUCCUGGGACAGCAUUUACCCGAAGCCAGCCGAAAUGUAGAAAGAGGCAUGAAUAUACCCUAG